AGACUGCAUGCUUGGUAUUUCUGAGCUAGCUGCGAACGGUCCUCUAACGCCAACGCACGUGUUUUGAAAACGAUUUCAAUUAUUCUGCAAUUGCCCUCAGUGAAGCAACAAGCGGAGAGGUUGCAUUUUGAAACACGUUUUUCCGGUAACAACAUACAAUAUACAAGCCAAUAUGACUGAGGAAGUGAAUCCCAAGGCAUUCCCACUGGCCGAUGCCCAGCUCACGGCCAAGAUUAUGAAUUUGCUGCAGCAGGCAUUGAAUUACAACCAACUGCGCAAGGGAGCCAACGAGGCCACCAAGACCCUCAACCGUGGACUGGCCGAUAUUGUGGUGCUGGCCGGAGAUGCGGAGCCCAUCGAGAUUCUGCUGCAUUUGCCGCUCCUCUGCGAGGACAAGAACGUGCCCUACGUCUUCGUGCGCUCCAAGCAGGCCUUGGGUCGUGCCUGCGGCGUUUCCCGGCCAAUCGUCGCCUGCUCGGUGACCACCAACGAGGGCAGCCAGCUCAAGUCGCAGAUUACCUCCAUUCAGCAGGAGAUCGAGCGACUCCUAGUCUAGUAUUUUUUCCCUUAAGUGAACAUACGUACAAAUUGGUAAUUUCAAAUUGAAAUUUUGAAUAAACAUGUGUAUUUUUUAAUGCA